AUGGCUACUACUACCGGGCGCACAUACAACGAUGCCGUCGACGCAUUGAACACGCUGCAGACGCCCUUCGCCGUCAUCGAGGCGAGGCGCAAGGCCGGCGUCCGCCCCGACGAGGCUUCGGUCAAGGAGAUGCGCGCAUACCUCGCGCGCCUCGGGUACUCGAUCUCCGACCUCGAUAGCCUCAACGUCAUCCACGUCGCCGGCACCAAGGGCAAGGGCAGCACCUGCGCCUUCACCGACUCCAUCCUCGCGCGCCACCGCGCCGGCUCCCCCGCCUCGCUCCCGCGCAAGGUCGGUCUGCUGACGUCGCCGCACCUGAUCGCCGUGCGCGAGCGCAUCCGCAUCAACGGCUGCCCGCUCUCCGAGGAGCUCUUCGCCCGCUACUUCUUUGAGGUCUGGGACCGCCUGGGCGAGAGCCGGGCCGACGAGGACGCCGUCGCGCUCGGCACGCGGCCCAUCUACUCGCGCUACCUGACCCUCGUGAGCUUCCACGCCUUCCUGCGCGAGGGGUGCGACGUGGCCAUCCUCGAGACGGGCAUCGGCGGCGAGUACGACGCGACGAACCUGGUCGCCCGGCCCGUCGCCACCGGCAUCACGACGCUCGGCAUCGACCACGUCUUCGCCCUGGGAGACACGGUCGCCAAGAUCGCCUGGCACAAGGCCGGCAUCAUGAAGCCCGGCAGUGCCGCCUUCACCGUCGAGCAGGUGCCCGAGGCCGCCGCCGUGCUGGAGGCUAUGAGUUAA